AUGUUCUCACGUCUCGAUUGGUCACCAGAUGGACAAUUUCUCUUUGCACCGUGCGCAAUGAACAAUCAGGGUCCUACCGCUCAAAUCAUCAUGCGCAAGGAUUGGGACACGGAACUUGAUUUGGUGGGCCACCGACGAGCGGUAACGGCUAUUCGAGUAUGCCCUCGUCUACUUAUCCUUAUGUGGAUUACAGUAACUUGCGUAGCAAUUGGAUCACGCGACAAAUCGCUCUCAGUGUGGGUUCUUCCACGAGUGAAACGUCCCGUUGUAGUAUUGCAACGUCUGUUUAAACAUUCCGUAACGGAUAUGUCAUGGCGUGGCACGGAUUUAGUAGUGUCAUCUCAGGACGGCUCCAUUAAAUACCUAUCAUUUCGAGAGAAAGAACUCGGCACUAUGUUAUCGCCACAAAAAAUGGUGAGUUAA